AUGAGUAGGAAGCCCUCUUCCGAAGAUAAUCGCUACAACGUAACGCCAGAACAAUUGUUUGAACUGUUCGGGAAAUUCGGGCCUAUUCGCCAAAUUCGUCAGGGCAUCGCCAACGAGACCAAGGGUACGGCAUACGUGGUCUAUGAUGACGUACACGAUGCCAAGCAGGCUAUGGACAAGCUCAAUGGGUUCAACUUUCAAAGUAGAUACUUGCCCGAGAAGAUGGUUCGCUCUAGAGAAGAUCUUGAAGAGAGACAGCAAAAUCUGGAACGACUGAAAGAACAACACGGGAUAGAAUGA